AUGGCGAGUUUAGACGACGACCUGCUUGCCCUGGCGGGCGAUUCCUCUGACGAGGAGAAUGUCCCCCCGCAAACCAAACACGCCUCUGCCUCUCCUCAAUCCCCUGUCUCCGAGGACGUCAAAACUUCCCUCCCCGAAAAAUCAAAGGAUAUGGCUCGCAAAGGUGUCGCAAAGUCAGUCAAGGCUUCGAAGCCAACCAGGCGGCCAAGGAAGCAAAAGAGAGCGGAAUCUGACGAUGAAGGAGAACUGUCUGCAGCUGAAUCCCUCGCCUCAGAGCGCUCUGCCAGCAUGUCAGAGUCUGAACCCGACGACGCAAAUGUGCAAAUUGACGGCGAUGGACCCAUUUUCCCCUAUGAAAAACUCUACUACUCAGCCAACGACAAGAAAGAGAUUAUGAGUCUCCCGGAAAUCGAACGCGAACAAAUCCUGUCUGAGCGUUCCCAGCAAGUCGAUCGUCAUAACCAGGAUCUUGUUCUGCGUCGUCUUCUAGCUUCUCGCGAGCGUGAACAAGCACGCUCCGAAUCCAGAUCUAAACGCAAAGCUAGCAACGCCGAGUUAGAAGAAGGCCAGCGCAAGAGCUCCCGACAGAAGACAACAUUAGGAGGACGCCGAGUGGGUGAGACUUCCGAUGCAAUCGAGGCAUACAAGCGACAACGAGAGCAGAAAGGCAAGCGUGAUGAGCAACGUCGUCGAGAUGCGGACUCGAGACAAACCCGAGGUCGCAGCUCUUCUCAUGAAGAGGGUGCAUACUCAGAGACUGACGCAGAAGGCGAGAGCGAGAUUGAAUAUGAGGACAAAUUACGCCGCACUCCACCAAAGCAACCAGAUGUUCCCAAAGACGACCCUCCUGUCGAGUUGAAGGAUAUUCAACGAGUUCGUGUUGGCCGUACCAACUUUGCCAGCGUUUGUUUCCAUCCUACCUUCGUGCCAUCUCUCACCAAUUGCUUCACACGAGUUAACAUUGGUCCCAACCGGGAAACGGGUCAAAAUGAAUACCGUGUCUGCAUCAUUAAAGGAUUUAACAAAGGACGUCCAUAUGCGAUUGAAGGAGCAACCGGCCGUACCUAUGUUACAGACCAAUAUGCUGUUCUCGCUCAUGGAAAGGCUGAGCGCGAGUUCCCAUUCAUCCAAUGCUCAGACUCUCCCUUCACAGAGGCCGAGUUCAACCGUUGGCGCCAGACAAUGGUGGUUGAAGAUUGCAAGAUACCCACAAAAUCUAAGUUGACUGCCAAAGUCGUUGAUAUCAACAACCUUAUAAAUUACAAGUUCACUCGAGAGGAGCUCGAAGAGAAGUUGAAGAAGCAAGGAGCUGAUAAUGCAAACGAGAAACUUCUAAGGCGCUUUGAGCUGGAAAAGAAGUUGAACCAAGCUAUCGCAGAAGGAAAUGACGAUGAGGUGGCUGAUUUACAAGCACAACUUGCGAAGGAGACUACGUCGAAACUGGCAUUCAACGGAGCACACCAUAAAUCUCGCCCUGAGAAGCAGCAAACUCCCGAACAGCGGCUUGCCGAGCUUAAUCGUCGGAAUCAGAAACUUAAUAGUGAAAAUGUUCGUCGUGCACAACUUGAAGAACGACGCUUGAACCGCAAGAAUGCAGCAGCUGUGGCUCGCGGAGAAGCCCCUGCUGAUCCUUUUGCUCGUGUGAGGACUCGUGCGAAGACCUAUCACGAUGUAAAUUCAGGCCCACAGGCGACGCCCAAUAAAGAUGGCUCUGCAGAUCUGGAAAAUGGCACACCAGCUACGACGACCGAAUCUCCUGCCACACCUCAACUUAGCAGUACACCUUCGAAAAGCCAAUCUAAACCAAAAGGAAUUGCCGUCAUUCGUCAUCGGAAUAUGGAUGAUGAUAACAUUGCUGCUCUGGAUCUAGACUUAGAUAUCGAUCUUGGCAUUUAA